AUGCCGCUCACACUGCAACCUUGUACAGACCCGCCGCGAAACACGAACCCCGUAUCUCCUCCUCCUCCUGAUCGUCGUCUCGCUAUUGGCAGCGCCGCUGCUCCGCCCGACCAACGGCGUGUUGAAAUGCUGCCCCGCUCACCUGCCUUCUCUCGCCCCUUCCCUCCAUCCCCCGCAGCCUCCCCCCCCGACGUCUCGUCGCUCUACAUCGUCCGCCUACGUUCCGCGCCGCCGGUCGCCUCGUACCGCGGCGGAUUUCCCGGGUUCCCGGCAACGGCCGUCUGGGACAGCGAUCCUAACGGCAACGCGAGAGACUCGACGUCAGACGGCGCCGCCCACGGUUCCGUUGCCGUUGGUACCGCCUCUGUUUCCUCCUCCGCCUCCGCCGCUGGUGCGGCUACUACCAGUGGUUUAGGACGGCUUGGUCGUCGGCUGCGGCGGCCGCGGGUGAACGUGAGAGCGCCGGCCGUGAGGGCGUUCAAGCAGCUGCUGCAGCGCAUGCAGCAGGCCGUGCUGCGGGACAGCAGGGUGGGCGCCGGGAAGAUGCUACGCGCACGCGUCGAACGGCUUCUCCGCGACGCUCACGCCCCUCGUUUCCCUAAAUGUACUUUUCUUCCUCUUCCCCAGUAUGCCCGCCCUCCCUUCUCAGCUACGUGCACGUGUCGCUCAAACGGCUUCUCAGCGACGCUCACGCCAGCGCAGGUGCAGCGCAUGAGGCGGCACCCGUCCGUGGCGUCCGUGGCGUUCGUGACGCAGGCGCGCGUGCUGCGCCCCGCCACCACCCACUCGUACAACUACAUGCACGCGUCCAACGGCUUCUCAGCGACUCUCACGCCGGCGCAGGUGCAGCGGAUAAAGAGGCAUCCAUCCGUCGCCUCCGUGACGCAGGCGCGCGUGCUGCGCCCCGCCACCACCCACUCGUACAAGUUCCUCGGCCUGCCCGGGUCGCUCUGGGCCGACGCGGGCGGGCCCAGCAGCGCAGGCGACGGCACGGUGAUUGGCAUCGUGGACACCGGCAUAUGGCCCGAGCACGCUUCCUUUGACGACACGGGCUACAGCAGCACGCUCCCUUCCGGGUGGGCGGGCACGUGUCCCACGACAAGCGACUUCGCAUGCAACAACAAGAUCAUCGGUGGGGGCGUGUUCCACGCGGGGUUUGAGAGUGGCGGCACCACCAUUGACCUCUCGGCUGACUGGGACUCGCCGCGUGAUUCUUUCGGGCACGGCACCUGGGCGGCAGCAGGCAACAGCAACGUGCAGAUCUCCAACAUGGGAACAGCCAGUGGCAUGGCACCAGGGGCGCGCCUGGCCAUGUACAAGGUCUUUUGGCAGUCGGGGGGCUACCUGUACGCCACCAGCACCGACAUCUUCUCAGCCAUUGAUCAGGCCGUCGCCGACGGUGUGGAUGUGCUGAGCCUGUCGCUGGGCGGAGCCAGUCCCACUGACACCUACUUUGACGACGUGCCCUUCAUCAGCGUCAAUGCGGCGGGGGUGUUUGUGGCCUUUGCAGCAGGCAACGAGGGCCGCCCAUUCUCCCCUACAACCAAUCGCACGCUUUGCAACUUCGCACCCUACUACAUGACUGUGGGCGCCAGUGGAGCGCGCAUCCCAGCCAGAAUCUCCCCAGCAGCCACCGCCGCCCCUGUGAUCGCCUACUUCUCUUCCACCGGUCCGCUCGCCAAGCCAUCACGCGCCACACCAGCAGCCUACCCCUCCAACACCAUCCUCAAACCCGACAUCAUCGCCCCGGGGGUUGAGCUCUGGGCUGCUGCUCCCGACAAGACUGUCGGCUCUGGGGGAUGGUUCGUAGCGCUUUCAGGGACAUCUAUGGCCACACCACACAUCGCUGGCAUUGCUGCUCUGAUCAUCCAGCAGCGCCCUGAUUGGACGCCCUCGCAGAUCAUGUCGGCAAUGAUGACUACAGCACGCACUACUGAUACCAAUAACGGGGCGAUCCAAAACGAGUUUGGGAGAGCUGCGACUCCGUGGGAGAUUGGAGCGGGGCAUGUGGUGCCUAGUAGGGUGGUUGACCCCGGGUUAACCUAUGAUGCUGGGGAGCAGGACUUCAGAAACUUUCUCGCCGGGCAGGAUUACAACUGGGCGAAGGGUGAGUUCGGCACAACUUCUCUCAGGGCUCUUUCCGCGAAGAAUUUCAACCGGCCAGCUAUCUCGCUGCCUCAAGUGCACAAGAAAGUUUCAGUUACACGGACAGUAACGAAUGUCGCGGAUACCACGUCGACGUAUACGGUGAGAAUAAAGACACCUGCUGGAGUGAAGGUGAAAGUGUCGCCGUCAAGAUUUACAAUCGCACCCGGACAACGAAAGACUUUUACGGUGACCGUGGUGGUGAAAUGGGUUUCGCAAUCUUUCAAGUUUGGCAGCCUCACGUGGGUAGACAACAAGGGGCACUCCGUGCGGUCCGUGUUGGCCGUGCAACCGUCUAGUGCGUGCAACUUUGGUUGCUAA